CAAAGAGUAGAGUAAGUAUAUGCGCAAUCCGCAUAAUCUGUGGUUGGUGAGAUGCUAAAAAAUAAUUAUUAAUUAUUCUGUGGUAAUUAUUUUUUAAAAAAUAAUUUAAUUUAAAAUAAAACAUCUACUUUUAUGGACUGUUAAUGUUAAAUAAACCGUACAAAUCACAUAACAAAAAACAAAAAGUCGAAAAUUGUCACCGAGUCUAAAAAAGUCAAAGGAGUCCUAUUGUUGAUGCACUUCGUGAAGUGCAUGAAAGUGUUGCAUGAAUUCUGUGCAAAGAAUUUAUUAUUAGUAUUACUCUCUACGAGAUUCUGAGGCUAUACGAAGAGUUUCACUACUGGUGACAAAUUUAUUAAUAUUAACUGCCCAUAUGUGCCCUCCGACUUCCGAGUCGUUUAUGAGGUGUAGUAGAGCUGACUACAGUAAGCACUAAAAGCAGAGCAGUACCUAUCAGUUGAGGACUAUUGUAUUCGUGACGACACACCAAUAAUGCGGUGCUGCGUGCCUUUCUGCGAAAAUACUUCCGACAAUAUGUCAACAUCUGAGAGAACGGGAAUUACCUUUCAUGCAUUACCCAGUGAAGGCAAUCUUCGUACUGCUUGGCUCAGAGCCCUCGGCACACAAGACCAUCACCUGCCCGACCCUGCUGUGGUCUGCUCCCAGCACUUCCUAGAUGAUGACUUUUAUACAACAGAGAGUUGUGUGCGGCAGAUUCACUCUAAUGCUGUUCCUUCAAUAGUGCAGAUGUGCAUGAUAUGCCUGGACUCUGACAGCAAGCUGUCUCUAAUGAGUAAACACAAGUUGGAGGAGGCAUAUGAACAGCUGACUGGGCUGUCUUUGUUUCAGUUGUGUCGUCGAGGAAACUUGAAGCAAACGCUCUGUGUGAUGUGUGCUCAGAGAUUGAUCAACUUCAGCAGAUUUAGAGACUUGAGCUUGAGAGCCCAUUCACUGCUGACGGACUCAGUUGAACAACAUGCAUCAAAUACUAUACAACACAAAGAAUUGAUGAACUGCACAAGUGCACAUCUGAAGUGUAAUUUGACACAAACAACAUUAGGAGCUAACCAUUGUGACUUGUACAUAGAUCACACUGAUGGAGUGGAAUCUGUAGUGGGAGAUGUUGCAACAGUUGUGGUGAAGAAUGAAAACAGUUCUGACUCCAUGUCGAGUGCUGAUAACUUGGAAUUGGCACAAGAAGAUGGCAAUCACAUAGACAAUUCCAACAAUGAGUGUGCAUCUGAUGAUGAAUACUCUGACAUGAGCAUAGAGUUGGAGUCUAGGCUACUGGAUGAAGCUAUAAGUCAAGCUCUUCGUAGGAAAGCAGACCAUGUGGCCGCAACACAGAGUUCCAUAAAGAGUGAAAGUGAUAUCUUCCAAUGUGAAUUUUGUUUUGAGGACUUUGUGCAAGAACUUGCAUACAAGGAACAUAUGAGCACGCAUCUCCAGAGUGCUGCCAGCGAAACUGCAUGUGCGUCGUUGCAAGUGUGCGAGCCUCGUGCAGCUGUGAGCCGCAGCUGUGACUCACUCGUGCUGCAGAACAAGUCAGUAUACAACAACACUGCAUGUGCUGCAUCACAAGUGUGCGAGCCUCGUGCAGCUGUGAGCCGCAGCUGUGACUCACUCGUGCUGCAGAACAAGUCAGUAUACAACGACACUGCAUGUGCUGCAUCACAAGUGUGCGAGCCUCGUGCAGCUGUGAGCCGCAGCUGUGACUCACUCGUGCUGCAGAACAAGUCAGUAUACAACGACACUGCAUGUGUUGCAUCACAAGUGUGCGAGCCUCGUGCAGCUGUGAGCCGCAGCUGUGACUCACUCGUGCUGCAGAACAAGUCAGUAUACAACGACACUGCAUGUGCUGCAUCACAAGUGUGCGAGCCUCGUGCAGCUGUGAGCCGCAGCUGUGACUCACUCGUGCUGCAGAACAAGUCAGUAUACAACGACACUGCAUGUGCUGCAUCACAAGUGUGCGAGCCUCGUGCAGCUGUGAGCCGCAGCUGUGACUCACUCGUGCUGCAGAACAAGUCAGUAUACAACGACACUGCAUGUGCUGCAUCACAAGUGUGCGAGCCUCGUGCAGCUGUGAGCCGCAGCUGUGACUCACUCGUGCUGCAGAACAAGUCAGUAUACAACGACACUGCAUGUGCUGCAUCACAAGUGUGCGAGCCUCGUGCAGCUGUGAGCCGCAGCUGUGACUCACUCGUGCUGCAGAACAAGUCAGUAUACAACGACACUGCAUGUGCUGCAUCACAAGUGUGCGAGCCUCGUGCAGCUGUGAGCCGCAGCUGUGACUCACUCGUGCUGCAGAACAAGUCAGUAUACAACGACACUGCAUGUGCUGCAUCACAAGUGUGCGAGCCUCGUGCAGCUGUGAGCCGCAGCUGUGACUCACUCGUGCUGCAGAACAAGUCAGUAUACAACGACACUGCAUGUGCUGCAUCACAAGUGUGCGAGCCUCGUGCAGCUGUGAGCCGCAGCUGUGACUCACUCGUGCUGCAGAACAAGUCAGUAUACAACGACACUGCAUGUGCUGCAUCACAAGUGUGCGAGCCUCGUGCAGCUGUGAGCCGCAGCUGUGACUCACUCGUGCUGCAGAACAAGUCAGUAUACAACGACACUGCAUGUGCUGCAUCACAAGUGUGCGAGCCUCGUGCAGCUGUGAGCCGCAGCUGUGACUCACUCGUGCUGCAGAACAAGUCAGUAUACAACGACACUGCAUGUGCUGCAUCACAAGUGUGCGAGCCUCGUGCAGCUGUGAGCCGCAGCUGUGACUCACUCGUGCUGCAGAACAAGUCAGUAUACAACGACACUGCAUGUGCUGCAUCACAAGUGUGCGAGCCUCGUGCAGCUGUGAGCCGCAGCUGUGACUCACUCGUGCUGCAGAACAAGUCAGUAUACAACGACACUGCAUGUGCUGCAUCACAAGUGUGCGAGCCUCGUGCAGCUGUGAGCCGCAGCUGUGACUCACUCGUGCUGCAGAACAAGUCAGUAUACAACGACACUGCAUGUGCUGCAUCACAAGUGUGCGAGCCUCGUGCAGCUGUGAACCGCAGCUGUGACUCACUUGUGCUGCAGAACAAGUCAGUAUACAACGACACUGCAUGUGCUGCAUCACAAGUGUGCGAGCCUCGUGCAGCUGUGAGCCGCAGCUGUGACUCACUCGUGCUGCAGAACAAGUCAGUAUACAACGACACUGCAUGUGCUGCAUCACAAGUGUGCGAGCCUCGUGCAGCUGUGAGCCGCAGCUGUGACUCACUCGUGCUGCAGAACAAGUCAGUAUACAACGACACUGCAUGUGCUGCAUCACAAGUGUGCGAGCCUCGUGCAGCUGUGAGCCGCAGCUGUGACUCACUCGUGCUGCAGAACAAGUCAGUAUACAACGACACUGCAUGUGCUGCAUCACAAGUGUGCGAGCCUCGUGCAGCUGUGAGCCGCAGCUGUGACUCACUCGUGCUGCAGAACAAGUCAGUAUACAACGACACUGCAUGUGCUGCAUCACAAGUGUGCGAGCCUCGUGCAGCUGUGAGCCGCAGCUGUGACUCACUCGUGCUGCAGAACAAGUCAGUAUACAACGACACUGCAUGUGCUGCAUCACAAGUGUGCGAGCCUCGUGCAGCUGUGAGCCGCAGCUGUGACUCACUCGUGCUGCAGAACAAGUCAGUAUACAACGACACUGCAUGUGCUGCAUCACAAGUGUGCGAGCCUCGUGCAGCUGUGAGCCGCAGCUGUGACUCACUCGUGCUGCAGAACAAGUCAGUAUACAACGACACUGCAUGUGCUGCAUCACAAGUGUGCGAGCCUCGUGCAGCUGUGAGCCGCAGCUGUGACUCACUCGUGCUGCAGAACAAAACAGGAAGUCAGAAGCUGAAUGAUGACCCUCCCCCGUCUGCAGACUGCGCUCAGGCUUUAGUGGCUCCACUGUCCGCGAGACUUGCGGCAAACAACGAUAACAAAGUGCAGGCAACUGAAGAAGCAGGUGCGAUCCAGAAAAGCGAACAAAUCCUUGAAACUAACAUUGACGAACUGGACAAGCGAUCAUCUCAGAGCGGCACCAAACCGUACACAGAUAUAAAUAGAUUCACAAAUUGUGUAGUCCAGUUAUACGACAUAUUCAAGAAACCCAAACAAGCUGUACCAGAUGAGAAACCACGCGUGAGAAUCCACACUGCUGCCAAGCCUUACUCUUGUCAGAUAUUGAACUAUAAAUGUGCACCAACAAGUCGAAUAUUGAAACACAAGAUGACCCACACUGGAGAAAAGCCAUUUUCUUGUGAUAUAUGUAAUUACAAAUGUGCGCAAAAAAGUAAUUUAUUAAAGCAUAUUAAAACCCAUACUGGUGAAAAGCUAUUUACCUGUGAUAUAUGCAAUUACAAAUGUGCACUGAAAGGUUAUUUAUUAGACCAUAUUAAAACUCACACUGAUGAAAAACCAUUUUCCUGUGAAAUAUGCCAUUACAAAUGUGCACGUAUAGGUGUUUUAUUACAGCAUAUUAAAACCCACACUGGUGAAAAGCCGUUUUCUUGUGAGAUAUGCAAAUACAAAUGUGCGCGAAAAAGUAAUUUAUUAAGGCAUAUGAAAACUCAUACUGGUGAAAAGCCAUUUACCUGUGAGAUAUGCAAUCACAAAUGUGCGCAAAAAAGUAAUUUAUUAAAGCAUAUUAAAACCCACACUGGCGAAAAGCCAUUUUCUUGUGAUAUAUGUAAUUACAAAUGUGCGCGAAAAGGUCAUUUAUUAAGGCAUAUUAAAACCCAUACUCGUGAAAAGCCAUUUACCUGUGAGAUAUGCAAUUACAAAUGUGCGCAAAAAAGUAAUUUAUUAAAGCAUAUUAAAACCCAUACUGGUGAAAAGCCAUUUACCUGUGAGAUAUGCAAUUACAAAUGUGCACUGAAAGGUAAUUUAUUAAAACAUAUUAAAACUCACACUGGUGAAAAGCCAUUUUCCUGUGAAAUAUGCCAUUACAAAUGUGCACUGAAAGGUUAUUUAUUAGACCAUAUUAAAACUCACACUGGUGAAAAGCCAUUUUCCUGUGAAAUAUGCAAUUAUAAAAGUGCACGAAAAAGUGAUUUAUUAAGACACAAGAUAACCCACACUGGUGUAAAGCCAUUUACCUGUGAGAUAUGCCAUUACAAAUGUGCACUGAAAAGUCAUUUAUUACUGCAUAUUAAAACCCACACUAGUGAAAAGCCAUUUUCCUGUGACAUAUGCAAUUACAAAUGUGCACUGAAAGGUUAUUUAUUAGACCAUAUUAAAACUCACACUGGUGAAAAGCCAUUUUCCUGUGAAAUAUGCAAUUAUAAAAGUGCACGAAAAAGUGAUUUAUUAAGACACAAGAUAACCCACACUGGUGCAAAGCCAUUUUCCUGUGACAUAUGCAAUUACAAAUGCGCCCGUAAAGAUAAUUUAUUACAGCAUAUUAAAAUCCACACGGGUGAAAAGCCAUUUGAAUGUGAUUGAUAUAUGUAAUUGUAAAUUAGCGCGAAAAAGUGAGUUAUUACUACAUAUGAGAACCCAUAUGUGCAAUUGUAAGAAAUAACAGAGUCAUGUACGAGGAGCGUUCAAUAAAUUCUCGUUGUCGGGAUGAUGUUACUAACGAUGGGUAGUUUCAUUAUCUCAUUAGCUAAGACACUCUUUAAAGGUAUAAAUAUAAAAAUUCAUUAAAUUAUCUUCAUUAGCAUUUAAGUUAUCAUAACGCAAACUAAGAUGACCGAUUCUACAAUGUUGAAAAAAUUCCUUAAAAAACAAGGAAAAUUUCAAAAGUAAUUUACGAAGAAAUGGUAGCUGUUUAUCAAGAUUCUGCUCCUUCAUUAUCCACUGCUCAGAAGUGGUCUAGUGAAUUCAAACGGGGUAGAGAGAGUAUUGAAGACGACCCCUGUCCCGGUGCGAAAAUGAAAAUGAAGAAAAUGUGACACCAGAAAGGGUUAAAGCAGAGUUUCUCAAACUUUUUUGUGUCUUAGAGCCCUUGCCAUGUUUUUCCGUGUUGGGUAGACCCCUACUUAUUUGAUAUUGAUUUUCUGUAUCCUACAACUUACACAAUUUUAUAAACAUAUAUAAUAGAUUUUUUACUUCAUAGUUACUUUUGAAAUAAUGUAUGUUUUGAUAUUAUAAGAUAAUAUGAUGUAAAAAAUAGGUACUAUCAGUGUAUAUGUGUUAUGAUCCACUAUCGUGGAAACCAUUUUCAUUUAAUGAACCCCCAAUUUUUUUUUCGCUGACAUAGACCCCUUGCAGUUUGUCAUAGACCCCUAGGGGUCGACAUAAACCACUUUGGGAAUCUCUCCUCGGGAGGGUAUGUGGCACUCGCCGGCACCAGGAAGUCCAGAAUGUCCACUAGAACCCAGCGCAAACCUCCUCGUCUUAUAUGAAGCAGCAAAGGAUCGAAUGGGAUAUAUAUAUAUUUUUUUUAUUCUUUUCAAGUUAGCCCUUGACUACAAUCUCACCUGAUGGUAAGUCAUGAUGCAGUCUAAGAUGGAAGCGGGCUAACUUGUUAGGAGGAGGAUGAAAAUCCACACCCCUUUUUCGGUUUCUACACGACAUCGUACCGGAACGCUAAAUCGUUUGGCGGUACGUCUUUGCCGGUAGGUUGGUAACUAGCUACGGCCGAAGACUCCCACCAGCCAGACCUGGACCAAUUAAGAAAAUCUCAAUCGACCCAGCCGGGCAUCGAACCCAGGACCUCCGUCUUGUAAGUCCACUGCGCAUACCACUGCGCCACGGAGCCCGUCGAAUCCAUGUUUAUAAAUAUACUGCUGCAGUUUAUUUUCCUAAUACAUUAAUUACGUAUGUUUUCUUGACCCUAAUAUUGCCUGGUAGAGAUCGCUACUAUGAAAUAAAUAAUGCCUUUUGUAAAAAAAUCCAUGUAUUAAAUUGUUUUAAUUCUUUGUAUUUCAUUUCUUUUAUUUGUAUUUAAAUAUUUGUGAUGUACAAAUAAAUAAAAAUUU